GAAGCUUGUUCUAUCAUUUGACAGCUAGAACAGAAGAGUGGGUUUUCCAAUUUUAGAACUGGAAAACUUUUUCGACGAGCUAAUCUGACCAAUCGCGCGCAGUAACCUCAAUGCAGUCGUUAGAUAGUAGACGACAGAAAGGGAUUCUAAUGGUAUUGUCGAAAUGCGACUAUAUAUGGUCAGGGUUAUGACUGAUCUCUCGGGUGAAGUGGGUUUCUUGCAUAUUUCCUCUGACGGUAUUCCUUUAUAUUGGACAACGAUGUUUUUCGAUCACGUCUUCAUUAUUGUUUUUCCAUUUGGCCUCUGUUCUGACGCACGUCUCUCUCUCUCUCUCUCUCAGCUGUUUUGCAGUCUUUUCGUCUUGGAAAAAGGCAUGUCCCGAUAUGUUUCCGUUAAAUCGUUCUACGUUAAUCACUCCCUACAAGACUGGCAACAAACAAGACUUACCAUAUUAAUAAGGAUAUUGUUUUUUUUUAAAUCUUUGUUUAAUUACGCACAUGAAUGGAUCUGUACGGUAAGAUGGCUACCACGCAGGACGGAAAGUUCGGCCAGAAGGAAAACUCGGACCAGAACUUCGACUACAUGUUCAAGCUGCUGAUCAUCGGGAACAGCAGCGUGGGGAAGACCUCCUUCCUGUUUCGCUACGCCGACGACUGCUUCACCUCCGCCUUCGUCAGCACCGUGGGCAUCGACUUCAAGGUCAAGACCGUCUACAAGAAUGACAAGAGGAUCAAGCUGCAGAUCUGGGACACAGCAGGACAGGAGCGGUACCGGACCAUCACCACAGCCUACUACAGAGGAGCCAUGGGCUUCAUCCUGAUGUAUGACAUCACCAACGAGGAGUCUUUCAAUGCUGUGCAGGACUGGUCGACCCAGAUCAAGACGUACUCCUGGGACAAUGCGCAGGUGGUUCUGGCUGGGAACAAGUGCGACAUGGAGGAGGAGAGGGUGGUCCCCGCCGCCAGCGGCAGGAUGCUGGCCGAGCAGCUGGGGUUCCAGUUCUUGGAGACGAGCGCCAAGGAGAACGUGAACGUGGCGCAGACGUUCGAGCGGCUGGUGGACAUCAUCUGCGUCCAGACCGCGGAGAACCCGGAGGCCGACCCCGCCGUCGGCACGGCGACGCCCAACGCCAAGCUCACGGACACCCCCCCGCUCCUACAGCCGCCCGGCUGCGGCUGUUAAUGCUCCCGCCCACACAAAAUGGCCGCCGCACCGGUGUGCUGUUGCCAUGGCACCUUAUGUCUAGUCUUAUGAAUGUGCCACGCCCACCUGCAUACUUCCCUAAGUCCACAGUACCAGAGGAUGUGCACGUGUACCCCAGAAUUUUUGUGGAUGUAUAUAUUUUCAUUUAAAAAUGCACCGUUAAGUAUUAAAACUCAACAGAAAACCGUGGCGGACCUAUGAACGUGUGAAGUACGGGGUCAUUUCCUUACUGCUGUGUGCCAGAACGUGAUCUGUGAAUGAUCUAUCAAACUGUGAAUGAUCCUAUGAAACUAUGAAAAUCAUUGGUGAGUUUGUGAAUUAAAGAAGUUUAUGUAAAUGACAAAAA